UCAAUAUUUAAACUGUCAAGUCGCCAUUUCGGCUUACUCUGUGUUUUUCAUAAAAUUAUCCGAUCUCCAUAAAUUUUCCAAAAAUAUAAACAAAAACCGUGGUUCAACAAACAAAUUAAAUGAUUCUUGCCGGGGAAAACAUAUAAUGUACACAAUGGACGUGCUAAUAACUCUGUUUUACAUUUUAUUCUGCAUUUGCGUCAUCUAUCCGCCCACGGAGUUCGUGUCGGCCGGGUUCACCAUCCCGCUGAUGUUCGAGAACUGGCUGGGCUCCGAGAAUGUCAACUUCGUCGGAUACCACAUGAAGAGGAUCACUCUGACUCUGUUCCUACAUUCGGCACUGCCUCUGGGCUAUAUUUUCUUCCUGUGGGUAGGCGGAGUGACCAACCCAUGGAUGAUGGCUUGCACAUACUUGGCCGCCAUCAUUCCUCUCCUGAUGUCUCUGAAACUGAUGACCUGGUGGGAGAAGGAGAAGCAGGACAACCCUAUUGUGAAGAUGCUGAAGCCAUUUGUCCCUGAAGGAGGUGACUGGAGGAUUGUUGCUGCCAAUCUCAACAUUGAGUUCAGAAAUGUAGACAAGGUGACAGUGCACCUCGGUACCAACAGCAAGCUGGUGACCACCGAGACCUGGAUCAUCAAGGUGUGUCUGUACAGCAUCCACGCCAUCAAGCAGAGCGACUGCACCUUGGUCGCUACUUCUACCGACAGCCACAACCUGACUCCAGCCGGCGAGGAUGAGAUCCAAUUCAUUACCAUCGAGGUCAUCCCAAACAGGCCGGACCUCAAGCAGUUCUCAUUCCGCAUCAGCGCGGCCGCCCUCCGGGACUUACAGCCGCGGCUCCUGCACCCGGUCCGGGUCCCGGAUCACCUGACCCUGCAGCCCACGCUCAUCGAGAGAUUUGUGAUGGUCUUCAAGCAACAUGUGGAUGAGAACCCGAUUUAUUAUGUUGAUCAGGAGCUGGAGCUGUGCAUCGGCUGCAUGCAGUCCCCAGCAGACGUGAAGCUGAGCAAGCGCUGCGACGCCAACACCGUGCCCGUGCUGGAGGGGCAGCCGCAGUGCCAGCAGUGCAACUGCAGGGUGCUCUGGUGCUGCCUGUGCAUAGCCCGCUGGUGGGCGGCGCGCGCGGGCGGCGCGGGCUCUGCGCCGGCGGCGUGGCUGGAGGGCCGCUGCUCGUGCCCGGUCUGCCGCGCCGUGUUCUGUGUCCGCGACGUGUGUCCGGCCCGCGCGCGCGCCUCCUGAGUGCGGCGUGCGUUCGUAGUGGUUGUGGACCCGUAGUGUGGACGUUUGGGGUUUAGGGUGAGUUGGGGUUUUUUGCGAGUGUUUUGUUUUAAGUUUGGGGUAGUCAAAGGGGAAGUUAUUGAGUUUGAGA